AAUUUUAAAUCUUUCAUGAAUAAUAAGUUCCAUUAUAUUUAUUCGACAGCCAUCGGAAGCGACAUCGACAAGGACCUGUCGAGUAGUUUGGGUUUGAACCAUGGCAUGGGUCGCAUCACCGGUUCCGCUAGCAUCGAAACGCUGGUCCGCGUUGGCAUCGAAAAGGAGCAUGGUCUCAGUCCGGACAGCAAGAUGGUUGUGCUGCACGAUUUCACACCUUGCGUAGAUGACGAAUUGGAGGUGAAACGGGGCCAGAUAGUUAACAUUCUCUAUCGGGAAAAUGACUGGGUGUAUGUCAUCGGUCAAGAUACACGACAGGAAGGAUUUAUCCCGUUUUCAUACUGUGCCCCAUUCAACACUCAGCUGGCAGAUUUGGCCAUCAAGAAAAAACUUCCAAGGGAUGUCUCGGUUGGUUUGGCAAACAAUGACCUCACUGACGGCAUUCCGGAUAUAAAUGUCGACGUACUUGAUGACAGUGCUCCUGGACUGAUCGGACUGACCAAUUCAUUGAAACACUCGCAGGCGAGUCUAAGCUCCGAGCCUGAUUUCUUGCCAUUCUCCAAAGACCCCAGUGGUCGUUACAUUGUGUUGUACACAUUUAUAGCUAGAGAUGAAAACGACGUUUCCGUUGAGCGGGGAGAAUUUGUAACCGUCUUGAACCGAGAGGAUCCAGAGUGGUUUUGGAUAGUACGCAGCGAUGGCCAGGAGGGCUUCAUUCCAUCCGGAUUCGUUUAUCCGGCUGAGAAUAUCCUUCAGGGACAGGCUAAACAACAAAACAUGGCAAACGGUAGCAACGGAAAUGGAACCCAAAAUGUUAACCCGAUGAAUGAUUCCAAUCCAAAUCUAUCGCAAAUGAACAACCUUGGUGGGGGAUCCGUUAUGAACUCCGUUGGCCAACAGCAACAACAACAGCAGCAACAGUCUCAACAACCGGGCAUAGGAUCUGACGAUCUACGAUACCACGGAACAGAGCUUGUUAUGCUUUACGAUUACAAGGCUCAAGCACCGGACGAUUUGUCGGUGCGUCGCGGGGACUGGAUCUACGCCGAUCUGAACAAUCAAACCGUCGAUGGAUGGCUAUGGGCUUACGCACCGAAAACCCGCAAGUACGGAUUCAUCCCCAAAGCAUACGCUCGACCGCCGGCCAUGACCAGUUUGUAGCAACGAAUUUGACGGGACUGUCCAUUCCAAGUGACCUUGUUUAUAAGUUGAUUAUUAUAAUAUUUUUGUACGCGUUUCACCUAUAUUUAAUUAACUUUAUCCCGUCCUUAUAAGAGAUGACCUUAUCGCUCAACAAGCAGACUGUCAAAACGUUCUUCCGCAUUUGAAUGACAUGAAAUUUUAAAAAAUAGCUGGUAAAGUGUAGAGGUACUUGAACAAAUCAGUAUACACAAUGAAUACUCUAUUAGCAACUAAUAUAAUUAUUAUAUUUUUAUACAUAAAAUAAACAAAAUAUGUUUUGUAAUCCAAA